AUGGCAGCAUGCAGAGGACUCCUGCUGCCCCUUGGAUUCCUUGGAUCCAUGUUUCUCAUUAUGUUGUCCUUUUACCGAUGGGACAUGUCACAAGAAAGGAGAGAGAGGACGCGUCAGCUGCAGAAACUGAGAAAGCAGCAGUUAAAAGAAAUCUGUGCUGGUGACAAAAACACAUUUUCUGAGAGGAAGCACAGUUUGGAAGACAUGAGUGAAGACGAGCUGAAGAACCUCAUUGUGGAUGACACUCACGGCAUCAUCUACUGUUACAUUCCCAAGGUGGCAUGUACCAACUGGAAGAGGGUUAUGUUUGUCCUGAACCAGGGCGAGCCAUAUCAAGACCCCAUGUCCAUAUCUGGUGACUUGGUCCACGUCCCCAACAAGUUCACUACUCUAAACAGUUUCCCAUUAAUAGAGAUGAAGGCAAGGCUGAAGCACUACACCAAGUUCCUGUUUGUCCGGGAGCCAUUUGUACGUCUCAUCUCUGCCUACCGAGACAAAUUCCAGCGGUACAAUAAGUACUACUAUCAAAACUUUGCCCGGGACAUUCUGCGUCUCUAUGGCAACCAGCCUGAUUCACCAGAGACAGUGGACGAAGCCUUUGUAUCAGGCGUGCACCCCUCAUUUUACAACUUUAUUCAGUACCUGCUGGACCCACAGACAGAGAACGAAGAGCCCUUUGAACCCCACUGGAAGCAGCAGUACCGCUUGUGCCACCCCUGUCUCAUACAGUAUGAUUUUGUUGGCCACCAGGAGACUCUUCAGGAGGAUGCCGAAGAGCUGCUAACGGUCUUACAGCUGCAGGAUGACAUUAGGUUCCCCCCUUUCUAUGAAAACAUGACUUCCCCUGGUUCCGUGUUUGACUGGUUCAGAGAAGUGCCCCUAGAGGACAGGAGGAAGUUGUACAAACUCUAUGAGGAGGACUUCAGGCUGUUUGGCUAUAGAAAGCCAGGCGAAUUGCUUGAUGGUUGA